AUGAGAGCCCUACUGGGUUUUAAAUCCAAGGAGCUGGAACUAUUUUGGGUUGGGGUGAAGUCACAUUCUGGACCCUAGACAGAGCAUUUUUAAGUUCCAGAAAGUGCUUCUUACUUCAUAUUUCCUUUCCCUGAUCUUUGCUUUUGAAACUCCUGGCACCAAUGCUGCCGAGGCUGGCAGAGAUUUCCUGAGUGAUGUCUACCAAAUGAGGUAUCAAGGAAUAUCUGGAAAGGCAGCCUCCAGCCCCUGAUGUCAAGACCAUUUAGAACUAAAAGUGUCUUAACAUCAGGGCACAGCCAAUAAACAUUAUUUAUGAUUCAGCCUGAAACUGAUGCUAAAAUGGGAGGAAAUGAUUCAAUUAUUUCCUCUUAAGGCAUUACUCAAUGUUGUUUUUGUGUUUAAAUAUUUAUUUGUCAACAUCAAGAACUCUUAGUACAUGAUGCAUCAGCAUUUUUGAACAAGUCAUGGAUUUGGCUACAAAGCAAAUUUUAGGAUGGGUGGAGUGGCAAAUUACAGGAUGUCUGUGAGUGUCUCCCCUUUAAAAUAAAAGAGAGUGGGUAGUCUAUGAGGAGGGACCUACAAAGGCUGGAGACUAUUCUUAGCUCCGUCACUGACUCCAAGUUCAUCCCCUCUGUCUUUCAGUUUGGUUGAGAUACAGGCCACUGUUCUCAACUCUGUCUUAGGGAGCGGCAUCAACUGCCUCAUACGUGGUGACCUUCACUAUUAUAUGCCAUUGACUCAUCUGGAGUAAUCUCAACAACCAGUUACCAACACUUGCUCUUGACUGAUAAACAGAGAAUGGGGCUUUGGAUCUUAACAAUUCUCACAAUUGUCAUGUCUUCCACAGCAGCGAAGUUUAGUAAACAAUCAUGGGGCCUGGAGAAUGAGGCUUUAAUUGUGAGAUGUCCUAGAAAAGGAAAACCUAGUUACACAGUGGAUUGGUAUUACCCACAAACAAACAAAAGGAUUCCUACCCAGGAAAGAAAUCAUGUGUUUGCCUCAGGCCAACUUCUUAAGUUUCUACCAGCCAAAGUUGAUGAUUCUGGUAUUUAUACCUGCAUUGUCAGAAGUCCCACAUCCAAUAUGACUGGAUAUGCAAAUGUCACCAUAUAUAAAAAGCAGCCAGAUUGCAACAUUCCAGAUUAUUUGAUGUAUUCAACAGUAUCUGGAUCAGAAAAAAAUUCCAAAAUUUAUUGUCCUACAAUUGACCUCUACAAUUGGACAGCACCUCUUGAGUGGUUUAAGAAUUGUCAGGCUCUUCAAGGAUCAAGGUACAGGGCGCACAAGUCAUUUCUGGUCAUUGAUAAUGUGAUGACUGAGGAUGCAGGUGAUUACACCUGUAAAUUUAUACACAAUGAAAAUGGAGCCAACUAUAGUGUGACAGCAACAAGGUCCUUCACGGUCAAGGAUGAGCAAGGCUUUUCUUUGUUUCCAGUAAUCAGAGCCCCUCCACACAAUGAAACAAAGGAAGUGGAAAUUGGAAAAAACGCAAGCCUAACUUGCUCUGCUUGUUUUGGAAAAGGCGCUCAGUUCUUGGCUGUCGUCCUGUGGCAGGUUACUGGGAAAAGUAUCACAGACUUUGGUGAAGCAAGAUUUCAACAGGAGGAAGGGCAAAAUCAAAGUUUCAGCGGUGGGAUGACUUGUCUAAACAUGGUUUUAAGAAUAGUUGACAUGAAGGAAGAGGAUUUAUUGCUGCAGUACGACUGUCUGGCCCUGAAUUUGCAUGGCUUGAGAAGGCACACCAUAAGACUAAGUCGAAAAAAUCCAAUUGAUCAUAUAAACAGCACUUACUACAUAAUUGCAGUAUGUAGUGGAUUGUUAAUACUAAUCAACGUCCUUGUUAUCAUCCUAAAAAUGUUCUGGAUUGAGGCUGUUCUACUCUGGAGAGACAUAGCUAAGCCUUACAGGACUAGGAAUGAUGGAAAGAUCUACGAUGCUUAUGUUAUCUACCCACGGAACUACAAUACCGGUACAGAUGGGGCCAGUCCUGUAGAGUACUUUGUUCACCAGAUUCUGCCUGAUGUUCUUGAAAAUAAAUGUGGCUAUACCUUAUGUAUUUCUGGGAGAGAUCUGAUACCCGGACAAGAUGAAGCCACUGCAGUGGAAACCAACAUACGAAACAGCAGGCGGCACAUUUUCAUCCUGACCCCUCAGAUCACACACAGCAAGGAGUUUGCUUAUGAGCAGGAGAUCGCCCUGCACAGUGCCCUCAUCCUGAACGACUCCAAGGUGAUUCUUAUUGAGAUGGAGGCUGCGAACGAACUGGGUGGGCUGCAGGCUGAGGCACUUCAGGACUCUCUCCAGCAUCUGAUGAAAGUGCAGGGGACCAUCAAGUGGAGUGUGGACCUCACUGCCAAUAAACAAUCCCUGAGUUCCAAAUUCUGGAAGCAUGUGAGGUACCAGAUGCCCGUGCCAAGCAAAAUUCCCAGAAAGGCCUCCAGUUUGACUUCCUUGGCUGCCCAGAAGCAAUAGUGCCUGCUGUGAUGUGCAAAGACCUCUGAGUUUGAGGCUCUCCUAACUCCUGCUAACUGGCUCAUGCCUCUGCACUUAAGUGUGAGAAGUAGGAACGUCAAAGGGAUUCAGGCCUCAGGUUUCAUCUGGUAACUUUGCUUCCAUUUCCCUGGUUCUAGGUGGAUAAGAAAUGCCCAGAAAUUUUUCUCUUCAAUCGUCCCCCAGCCUCCAGCCUGCGUUUUCUUCCCUUUUCCCUCUUGCUUGCAUCUCUCCACUGUGGUGUCGGAUAUUUUCACUACUCUCUUUUCCUCUCUCUCGGUCUUGUUUCAUUUCUCCUCAUUCUUUGUCAAUAAUCUACCUUCUGAAUAUCAAACUAAUCAUUUGACAGUAGAUUUUCAUGUCAUUUUCAAGAACAUUCUGAUUUCCUCAGGCAGAAUAUAUAUAUAUAUAUAUACAUAUAUAUAUAUAUAUAGAUAGAUAGAUAGAUAGAUAUAAAUUCUGGCAUGUUGGGAACAAAAUUUACUAUAUAUAUAAAA